AUGACUGCAUAUGAAUUCGAGGGCUGGUUGGGCCAUGAUCCCGACAGCGUCAAUGGCAAGAUGGAAUGGGGUCGUUUUGAGCCCAAGAAGUGGACAGAGAACGAUGUUGAUAUCCAAAUCACCCACUGCGGCAUGUGUGGCUCUGACCUACAUACUCUCAGCUCAGGGUGGAGCAAGACGGAUUAUCCCUGUUGUGUGGGCCAUGAGAUUGUCGGCAAAGCCGUGCGUGUUGGAAGCAAUGUGAAGCAUCUGCAAGUCGGUGAUCGUGUGGGCGUGGGAGCACAAUCACUCAGCUGUCUUCAGCCUGAUUGUAGGCAGUGCUCCAACGGCAACGAGAACAUAUGCCGCCGAGUCAAUGUAAACACAUACAACUCCCGGUACCCCGAUAAUCAGGGCAAAUCAUAUGGUGGGUAUGCGGACUACAACAGGGCACCCGGCCGUUUUGUCGUCAAGAUCCCUCCAGGCUUGGCUUCAGAGGAUGCAGCCCCGAUGCUCUGCGGAGGCGUCACGGUAUUUAGACCCCUUCGGGCCCAUGGCUGCGGCCCGGGCAAACGAGUCGGCAUCAUAGGAGUAGGUGGACUGGGCCACUUCGGGGUCCUGUUCGCCAAAGCCUUGAGAGCAGAUCACGUAGUGGGUAUCUCGCGGAAGGCAUCAAAGCGAGAUCAGGUACUGCAGCUUGGUGCAGAUGACUACAUAGCGACAGAUGAUGACGCGGGCUGGGUCAAGAAGAACGCCGAAAGCCUGGACUUGAUCAUUUCGACUGUGUCCAGCGACAAGAUCCCGCUAGGGGGUUACCUUAAGCUGUUGGACAUAGGCGGAACCUUCGUGCAAGUCGGAGCCCCGGACAAAGGUCUUCUACCUCCCAUCAACGCAUUUCGACUUAUCAACAGCGAAAUCAAGGUCACCGGCAGUGCCAUUGGUGGUAUCAGCGACAUCAACGAAAUGUUAGCACUUGCAUCUAGCAAAAACAUCAAGCCUUGGGUUGAAACGCGCCCCCUGAGUGAUGCUAACCAGGCUAUCAUCGACAUGGAGGCCGGCAAGGCUCGGUUCAGAUAUGUGCUAGUCAACGAAAAGCAUGCCAAGAUAAAUAGUGUUCUCUAA